CAGGCUUGUUUUGCAAACUUCAUCGCCGAAAAAUUUACCCGACAGUGUUUGGCACAGUUGGACAGUGAUAAUGCCCAAAAAGAGGAAGGCCGAAGCCAGCGGCGACAUUGUCCAAGUGGGAAACAAAUUGAUAUCCCUGGAAGGCUAUCUGUCGAAGAAGCCGCGCAAAGACAUAGCAGCGCCAGGGCAAAGUGACCCCGUUGCUGCUGGAGCGGUAUCCGCCGCAUCCAGUCCGCCAGCUCUGACCUCAAGCUCCGGGUCAAGAAGCACGCAGAUUCCGGUUACAGCAUCUUCUUCGGCCUCGAGCCCGCUGACCGGCGAUCCUCAGUUUUUUGCUGCCAGACAAUCCCUCCCGCUAUGGACACGUCGAGAUGAGAUCCGUGGCAUCCUGCGGCAGAAGGAUGUCCUGGUGCUCGUGGGCGAGACGGGAUCCGGCAAGAGCACUCAAGUGCCGCAGUAUCUUUUCCAAGAGCCGUGGUGUCGGAGUAGGAAAGUGAAGGUGAAAGCCGGUGCUGGCACCGAGGAGGCUAGGGUGGGAGGCAUGAUUGCAAUCACGCAACCACGGCGGGUUGCGGCAACGACGCUUGCUCAUCGCGUGUCUCGCGAAGCCGGCACGCCGCUCAGUGAACACAACAGCGGCGGUGGAGGGGCCAAUGGCGCGGUCUCAAAGGGCUUGGUUGGGUACUCGGUCCGCUUCGACCAUCGGGUCCCGCCCGGCACGAAGAUCAAGUAUCUGACGGAGGGAAUGCUGCUCCAAGAACUGCUUCGCGAUCCUCACCUCAAGCAAUACAGUGCCAUUAUUGUCGAUGAAGUCCACGAGCGGAGCGUGGAUGUUGACCUCCUCUUGGGAUUCCUCAAGCAAAUCGUCUCCGGGGACAAGGCUGGCCGUGGCGGGGUGCCACUCAAAGUUGUCAUCAUGAGUGCUACGGCCGAUGUGGAGGGCAUCCGGCGGUUCUUCUCCGAGUCAGUAUCCCACAGCCCUGGCUCCCAACCCAGCUUGAUGCCUAAGUCGGGGACUUCGGUUGAUUUCCUCCAAAUCGAAGGACGACAAUUCCCCGUUGACAUCGUUCAUACGCCAAAACCGGUUCCGGACAUCCAGCAGGCUCUCCUGAAGCUGGUCUUCAAGUUUCACACCGAAGAAGCGCUCUCGGACAAGCAUGGCAGGAAGGAUAUCCUGGCGUUUCUCACCGGCCAGGAGGAAAUCGAGGCUGCCCAGAAACUGAUCGAAGAAUACGCGUCGACGCUGGCCUCGAACCUGCCGAAGCUCAAGGUCUUUCCCCUGUUCGGGCAGCUUUCAAUGGAGGCUCAGCACGAAGCCUUCCAGCCGGUCAAGGGCGGCUUUACGAGGAAGGUCGUCCUUGCCACCAACAUUGCUGAAACAUCGGUCACGGUACCUGGGGUGCGAUAUGUGAUUGACUGCGGGAAGGCGAAGGUGAAGCAAUUCCGUCCUCGGCUGGGCAUGGAGUCGCUGCUCGCCAAGCCCAUCUCGAAAUCGUCGGCUAUCCAGAGGGCUGGCCGCGCCGGCCGCGAGGGGCCCGGCAAGUGCUUCAGGCUGUAUACUGAAGAGACGUACGAAACGCUGCAGGAAACAGAUCUCCCCGAGAUCUUACGCACCGACAUCCUCAGCGCCGUCUUGACCAUGAAAGCGAGAGGAAUCGACGACGUCCUGUCGUUCCCGUUGAUGGACCCUCCUGAAGUCGAGUCGGUUGAGAAGGCACUCCUGCACCUUCACAUUCUCGGCGCGCUUUCCGACGACGGCUCCAUCACGGAAACAGGGCGCAAGAUGGUGCUCUUCCCGGUCACGCCGCCGUAUGCUCGAGUGCUUCUGGCGGCGGCGGAGGCGAAGUACGAUUGCUUGUUGGAGGCCAUCGACAUCAUCUCCUGCAUCACCGCUGGCGAGGAUAUAUUCCUUCAGCUGCGGUCGGAGGAGGCAAAGGAGGAAGCUGAGGAGUACCGCAAGGAGCUCUCCCGGCGGGAAGGGGACCUCCUGACCUACUUGACGACGAUGCAGCUCUAUGCGGCGGAGAACACCGACCGUGCACAGUGGUGCAAGGACCGCAAGAUCCACGUGAGGAACAUGAAGCAGGCGCUGAACAUUCGGAAGCAGCUCCGAGGCCUCUGCGUAAGGGAAGGCAUGAUGGAACCGCCGCCGCCAGACCCGCAGCCUUUCACGCCGACAUCCCCGGAGCAGGCGGCCGUGAUCCUCAAGUGCUUCCUGAAGGGAUUCGCGCUGAAGACGGCAAUCCUGGCGCCGGACAGCAGCUACGUCACUUCGCACGGCAAGCACGUCGUGGCGAUCCAUCCGUCCAGCGUGCUGCACGGCCAGAAAAAGGAGGCCAUCAUGUUUUUGGAGCAUGUUUACACGCAGAAGAACUACGCAAAGAAGGUCAGCGCGAUCCAGGCCUCCUGGAUCGCUGAUGCUCUAGAAGAAUAACGUUAGAGGCACUUGGACUCGUUGGAUUUCUAGAAAGAUUUCUAGCCUUGAACAACCAAUGCUAGUGGCCCGUUAAUACUGUGUGGGCCCUUCCAGCGACGCUGCGUCUUUCGUCUUGAACCCGGCAACGAAACUGUCGACAU